UCGUUAUGUCAACACAAACUGAGCAACACAUCCUCAUUUUAGGGAUGUAACGUAAACCUCAAUAAUAGCUAAUCGAAUUGAACUGUUAGUUAUUUAUUUCGAUCGACAAUUUCUUACUUCUUAUGAGGAUUCAGAGAGGGGCUGAUAUUUCACAAUGGCGGGGGAACCAAUCACGCUUUCUGGUGUAAAUGUUGUGCUCGUUAUGGCCUACGGCAGCCUGGUUUUUGUGCUGCUCUUCAUCUUUGUGAAAAGACAGAUCAUGAGAUUCGCUAUGAAGUCUCGCAGAGGACCGCACGUCCCGUUGGGUCAUAAUGCACCUAAGGAACUGAGAGAAGAGAUUGACUUCCGUUUGUCUAAAGUGAACGACAUUCGCUUUGAGCCAACACUGCUCUCUAAAGAAGACAACAGACUGAAGCAUCAAGGCCGGACUAGCUGUUAUAACUACCUCUACAGAAUGCAAGCAUUAGAUGCCAUCAGAGACUCUGAUAUUCCAUUCCAUGAGAUGUGUCGCAGUGCCAGCGCUUUAACUGGACGACGCUACAAGAACUGGCUGAUGGAACUGCGAAACUCUCACUCUGUCUUUAAGUCGAGUAACUGCGCACUUAUAGAUCGCUUACUGGAGGGAUACGACAACGCUCGCCACGGAGCCGGGGUGUUCGGUGAGCCAGAAUAUGUCAAGUAUAAGCAAGAUCUGGCGCAGCUGGCCACUAUUGUAAAGACCCACUCCAGCACCACCAGUCUAAACCAGCAGCACCAAUCGGCCGCCAAAGAUCUGACCAGUUCUUCUGGACCCUCGAAUGCCUCUACCAUUCAAGUCACAUACCUGCCCUCCACAGGGCAGCGCAGCAAGAGGCCCAAGCACUUCCUGGAACUCAAAAACUUUAAGGACAAUUACAACACUCUAGAGAGCACACUGUAGGGCCUUUAACCUGUUGUGUAAAUAACACAAAGAAUGUGAAUCAGUCAUCCUUCACUGGAAAGGCAGCGGUGGGAGAACUUUGACCUAUGCAGUGUCUACGUGAGAUGGCUGAGAGAUGUGCUUUUAAAAGUUUAACCAAGGUGUAUUGGAGAGCUUCGAAGUGCCCCCCUCAGACUGAAUGAUUAUUUCAUUUUUAGUCUUUGUUAUAGUUCAACCAAAAAUUUUAAUUCUGUCAUGUUAUCAUUUACUCACAAAAGAAGAUUUUUUUGGAAAAAUGUUGAUGACUGAUGACCUUGGUUUUGUGUCCAUACAAUAGAAGUCAAUGGGUGCCACCGCUGUUCGGUUUUCAACAUUCUUCAAAAUAUCUUCUUUUGUGUUUUGCGGUAGAAAGAAAGUGAAAAAAGAUUCGAAAUAUCAAGAGGGAGAAUAAAUGGUGACAGAAUGUUUAUUUUUUGGUGAACUAUCCUUUAAUGUGUUUCUAGUGUACCAGAGCUGUCGUAAAAAGCACUAUGUGUCUUAUGUCUAAAGUCAUAACCAUUAGUAUUAAUUUGAUUACAGUAUGAAUUGGUAACAAAAAUGUUGUAUUGUCAUACCCAAAAAAGAGCAACAUCAAAGCAGUAACUUAAGCAGAAAUUAAGUUUUUAACUAAAAAUAGCGACUUUUAAUAGCCCUAUACAAAACAUAACUCAACUUGAGGUUUCUUCAUAUGUGACCUGCACCUUGAGCAAUGCUACCAAAAGUUACACAGGCCACGCAUGUUCAUUCCAACAGACAAAAUAAGAUAAAAAAUACUUUCUAUAUGUUCAUAUUUCUUUUAAGUGCAAUAUCUGAAUCUCACCGUAUGUUGACUUUCUGUGUUACAAAGUUUUGAGAAGUAUCUACAGAUGUGUCUGUCGGUUCUAUACCUCAAACUCAUUAUUUUUUAAUACUUUCUGUGCAUGUUUCAAUGCAAUAUUUUGCUUUUAUUUUGGAUACUUUAAAAUAAUUACUGUAUUGAACACUA